AUGUCUUCCAACAGCAUGGACAAAUCUCUUGACGAAAUCAUCAAGAGCAGACCAAGGGUUCGACGAACAAGCAGUCGCACUGCCCGCAAUCAGGUUCUAGGGAAAACACCAGCUCGUUCUGCCGCUAGUCCAGGCAGUCGCGCUGCAGCUCGUGCUCCAAAGGUCGCAAAUCAAGGCUCUGCGGCUACCACCCAACCAGCCCAAUCAGCGGACAAAAUUAUGGUCUCGAAUCUUCCGCCGGAUGUGAACGAACAACAAGUUAAAGAGUUAUUCCACACCACCGUUGGCCCGUUGAAAGAGGUCACGUUGCACUAUGAUAGCGCCGGCCGCUCCAAAGGUGUUGCCUCGGUGCAUUUCCAGCGUAAAGGCGACGGCACCAAAGCCUAUCAACAAUACAACAAUCGACUCAUUGAUGGAAAACGACCCAUGAAGAUCGAAAUCGUCGUUGACCCCGCUCGUCCUGCUUCAUUAGUUGCCCGUGUUGCUCCUGCUACCGCUGCAGCGAUUACGCAGACCAAUGGCACGCGUGCCACUGCCAGGGCUGGAAGAGGAAGAAGAGCAGCAAGGGGUGGUGGCAAGCGCAAGAGCCCGAGGCCCCAAAAGACAGCUGCUGAUCUAGAUGCCGAGAUGGAGGACUACACUGCCGGAACAGGCAAUGCCGCAGCACCUGCAGCCACAGCCUCUUAG